GAUUGGUUGAGGGUGUGUGUGUGCGCGUAUCUGUGUGUGGCUGCAGGGUAUAUAAAGGUAUGAGCUGACACCGGCGUGGCCUCUAUGAGCUAAACAUCACGGUUGGAAUUUAAAGGGGGUCUCUCAGUUUCGGGGGUUUUCGGACGUCCAGCUGGUCUCAGGAGCGGACUGAACGCGCACGAGUGUGGAGCUCAACAUGGUGCAGCUGUCUCCAUCCCCUACCCUGGAUUUCACCACUCCACCUGAGUGCUCAGAGGAAGGACAGGACGAGCUGGUGAUGGCCGGUAGCCCUAAAGUGGGCUCGCCCGGUGGUCUGAGUGCUCUGCAGCUCAGCCUGGAGGCCUCCACAGCCUACCAGGGCUACGACACCUACAUAGAGGACGGGCUCAUCUGCCUUAAACACAAAGUCCGCAACUUGGAGAAAAAGAAGCUGAAACUUGAAGACUACAAGAAGAGGCUGAAGCAGGGCGAGGCACUGAACAAAGAUCAGAUUGCUGCUGUGGAGAAGUACGACGAGGUGCUGCAUAACCUGGCAUUCGCACAGGAGCUGCACAAAACUCUGGAUGGCUUGACUCAGAAUUUGCUGAGAGACCAGAAGAGGUUGGCGAAGAAGGAGCAGGUGGCAAAGGCGGAGACGGAGAGGAGACGUCUGAGCACUGUGCUCCAGGUUCAGCACCUCCUCCACAGCCUGCAGCAGGAGCACGUCAGGACAGACCUGCUGACCGGAAACAACCAGGCACCUCACAUCUCAGCCCAGCAGCUGCACAGCCUGAGUCAGCUCGCCACCCUGCUGGGAGUCAGGAGGGAUACCCGACUCAGUUUAGAUGAGCAGAUGGAACAAGCAGCUGUGGCUUACCUGGAUCUGUUGGAGGGGACCGACAAGCCAGUGGCUGGAUCCACAUUCAAGCUGUUGAAAGAGGAGCUCACCAGGAUGUUGAGCUACAAGUACUUCAGUUGUCUUCCACCUCCACCCAACAAGUCUCCAGAGGUGUUACUGAGCUCAGCCCACAGCACCACAUCACAGUCAAAAUCAAGUGAAAUUUCGAAGGAGUUUUUCAACAGACUGUACCUGACUGACAUGGCGACUCCUCCCAUUCAGAACUGGAAGGAGGACUUCCAGGCCAUGAGGGAGCGGGAGCCCCCUGACUGCUGGGAUAUGGAGUUCACAGAUGGCGUCGCCUCGCCCAAAGCUGCAGUCCAUAAACCGUGGAGAAGAGCUGCAACUUUCAUCCCCAAAGUGCCAGUCACCACCAAGAAACAAUCUGCUGGCUGCAAACAGAGAAAAGAGAGGAGAGCCAAAGGAGAACAACAUGCUAAGUUGGCAGUUCAUAUGGAUAUGCCUGUGGAGGUUUUCAACACUCCAUCUGCCUUACCCAAAGACCCUGUCCUGAGGAAGCAGCACCUAGAGGACCUGAUGACAAAGAUCCAUGGCUCCUUCAGUUUCAUGCAGGAGUCUCUUCUGGAUGGAGAGAGCUCCCCCACUAAUGGCCACCCGAGACUGAAGAGACGACCGUCUGGAUCUCCAUCUCCUCUGGCUCACACAGACUUGAGAAGCCCAGGUGAUGUCCUACCCAAAACAAUGCAUUCCACCCCACUGCCUAGCAGGCUUAUGGAGCGCAAAGCCAGUCUAACAAAUGGGGAUCCGUGCCUGGAGACCUGUGACCUUGAGCUUUCCCCAAAGGACCUACCUCAUGAGCCGCUGCAGCUGGCUGAAAUAAAGAAGUUCCCUUCACCACCACUGUACUGCAGGGAGUCAACCAUCUCUGUCAGUCUAGAGGACAAGAGCCGUCCUCGUACACCAGUAACUGAGUCAGGGGAGCAGUCCCCCUGUAAUGGGGUGGCAUCUUGCACCUCCACCCCUCCUCAGGGACAAUCUUUCUCUACACCUCCCACUAGACGAACUCUGACAUCUGCACAGUUUCAGAACAUCCAGUCAGUCUUCAAGGUGAAUACCUCCUUACCUCAGAAUGGGGAGCUAAACUACAAACCAGAUUCUGCAGUUUUCUCUGAGCCAAGGUACAGCACUGCCAGUACCCAAACACCACCUGAGUUUGCUCCCUCAGAAGACGAAUCACAGUCAGUGUACCAGUCAGAUUAUACAGCGGGUAAUGGUGGACAGAUCUUCCUGUCCCCAGGCCAAUCAGGUGGAAGUGCAAGUCGACCAGGCCAGUCGUACUACACCAGAGGAUCUGUGAGAGGUAUGGCACGUGGAGGCAAAGGACUGGCACAAACCUUUCGCUCUUCUGGUUGGCAUCGAGGAGGAUCCUACAUCCCCCAGGCUCAUUUCAGGGAUUCUGGGCCUCUUCUCUAUGCUACCAGAGACUCUGGAUACCAACACAGCUACAGACGUGGAGGAGGGAGGCAUAACUCUGCAGCAUGGAGUGACUCUUCCCAGGUGAGCAGUCCAGACCGGGAAGGAGCCUUUACGAUUGUUGACUCGGGUCACGGAGAUUCCCUGUCCGUUUCUACCUUGGAAGUCCCUCUUACUCCACACGGCCACCAUCACACCACCCUGCUUCCCAUGCAACUCUACCCGCUCUCCCAGCCUCUGCGAGUGGCCUUCACCGCCUCUCGCACUGCCAACUUUGCCCCAGGGAACCUGGACCAGCCCAUCGUAUUUGACCAGCUUCACAGUAACCUGGGGGAGAUGUAUGACACCCACAUCGGUCGCUUCACCUGCCCCAUAAAUGGAACCUACGUCUUCAUCUUCCACAUCCUGAAGCUUGCCAUCAAUGUGCCGCUCUACAUUAAUCUCAUGCGCAACGAGGAGGUAAUGGUGUCAGCGUAUGCUAACGAUGGAGCCCCAGAUCAUGAGACGGCAAGCAACCACGCCAUCCUGCCUCUUUUCCAAGGAGACCAGGUGUGGCUCCGGUUGCAUCGUGGUGCCAUAUAUGGCAGCACCUGGAAGUACAGCACGUUCUCUGGCUUCCUACUGUAUCAGGAUUGAACAGACAGCCCUCUUCUCUCAGUGUGUGGACUGUUUGCUUUGUACUAAAUGGUGAUUAAACUGACAUUUCAGUUUUGUGGUCAGGCUGCAUGCCAGUGCCCUUUUUUCACCAGAAAGCCCAUUCAUAACAUAAGUUUUGGCAGCCAGCUGGUACAUGUAUGAUCUGUACUCGCAGCCAUUAUCUACAUUUGAAAUGGGGAUUGUGACUGCUUGACUUACAACUAAAUGUAAAUUGUCAUUUCCUCAUGAAUGUGUGGUUCAUGAUGCAUCAUAUGGGUGGGUCAUAGGUCCUCCCUGUGACCAUGAUACCAGUACACCUGGGCCUAACAUGUCAUCUUGCUGUAAAUCAUAAUGUAGCACUUCACCUGCUCAGCCCACAGCUCACUGAUUUCAGUGAGAACUCUAAUGCAAUGUUAUAAAUUUGUGCCUUUGUUUUCUGAAUGGCUUUGGGUGACUGACCAGAUGUUAAACGGCUAAUGAACUGAAUGACUUGCUGACUUAUCGGAUGAAUUAUAACUGACUCUACUAUCAGCACAUUGCUUAGGCUCCAAUGCAUUCAGUCUCACCUUGCUGUGUGUAUGAAUGAAGCUGAGGAAGGAAAGAUUGUAUUCUUGGUGAUGGGUAUGGUGUUGAACACUUGAGGCCAAAACUGUUGCACUAACAGACUACUGUGGAGAGAAGGAAGUGGUCCCUUGAUGUGCCUAAAUAAAAGAUGAGCAGUGA